AUGAGUAGAUGGUACGAAAAUAAGGACCAUGUAAAGGAUGAGUGGGCUUCCGAGAAAGCUGAAACAGCCUAUGCUUGCAACGGGCUCACUGAGGCCCGAAGAUGUCGCGAUGAGACCCCGUUCAUCGAUCAAUGCAAUUGGGCCAGGAAAACGAGAAACGAGGAACCAUCUCCUUCUGCAGAGCAACCCGUUCAACGCCCGUUAAUUGAACUCGAAGAUCUACAAGCUUUUGCUGCAAAGGGGAAAUGUAACGAGAUUGACGAAGCGAACUUUAAUGAAGCGAUUAAUAAGGCAAUUGAUGAAGCAAAGUAUAACAAGGCUUGCCGCUUGAUUGUGGCCUACUUGCUGAAGGUGAUCAAAAAGUCACAAACAACAUCGAAAGGAGCAUUCGAUGCGGAACAAAUGGCGCAGAUUGGCAAAAUUAUUACAGGAAACGAAUGUCUUCAUGUACAAAGUGCUCUUUUGGGGUCUAUCGAUGAUGAAAAAUUCCCCGAGUGUGAAGCAAGGAUUAUUUGUUGCGAUGAUUACACGAUUGGCAAUGUCAACCCCAAUUACAUCCAUUUCUCCUGCAAGCAUUUCUUGCCGAUUGUUUGGGAGAACGCAUUUGGAUUGACAAGCCGCACAGUGAACAACUCGUCUCGU